CGGCGAUUACUUCGAAACUGUGUCAACACUGAUCAAUAUUAUUUUAACUUAUAUUAAUUAAAUAAAAAUAAAGAAGAGAGGAUAAAAAUCCAACCGCUCUGAGCGAUAUUUCAAAGUCUUCGCACGAACACAAAUAAUUUCUCUUUCUUACCAAUUCGACUUGCAAUGGCGAAAACAGAGAAGCGAGUACUUGGAUCGUCUUCGUCUUUCCUCGGCUGUUUCGGAAUUUCCAGGAAAAUACACUCCGACAAGCCGGUGGUUGCGAAGGAAGACGGUGGUGAGAAGAAGAAGAAGAUGAAGACGAAGACGAAGAACAAGAAGAAGAUUAGUCAUUGGUUUCUGUGUUCGAAGUUUCGCCUGAAGAACGGCGAGAUCAAACCGUCGCCGAUCGAGGAAACAGAGAAACCGACGUUGAGAGUCGAAGAUGAAACUGAUGAUAAGCAAAAACCCCUCUCGGUGGUGAUACGUCACACUACCGAUCGUAAAAACAUUCCGGUUGAUGAUAAGUCCGUGAAUCAGGAGACUAAAGAGUCAAAACCGAAGGACUUAAUAAGAGACAUAUCCCCCGAGCGAUCAAAAGCCAUGGAACCUAACGGUUCAUUCAGAGAAGACAAGUGUCAGAAGCGGGUAUCUACUUCAAAACCCGACUUGAAACCAACUCGGGCGAAUAACGGGUCAAGGGUCGAUAAGUUUGACCCGGUGAUAGGUAUCUCGAUCAUUAUACUGACGUUGAUGAUAAUGCUGGUUUGGGGUCGACUCUGUGCGAUUCUUUGUACAUCCGCUUGGUGUUACGUUCUACCUCGUGUCAGAGACGCAGCCGCGUUGGCCAAACGCAAACGCAACGGUACCGAAGGUUCUGCGUAUGUGUCUUCGGAUUUGAAUUCAGAGUCGUAUAAGAGAAAAGUCGUUUUGGACGGGUUUCUUGGACGGCCAAAUCGCGUUUCGUUGUCAUGACGACUUUUAUAUAUAUAUAUCUUAAUGGUUUGGUCAUUUUUUUUUCCCGUUUAAUAACGAUGAUUGAUUUGAUCGAUUGUGAAUUGGAUACAUAAGUAUAAUAAAAUUUUCAAUUGUAUUUGUAGAGGUCAGUAUCGAGCAGCAAAUUUUAAUAAAAUUGUCAAUUUGUAUUUGUA